AACCCGCCUCUACGACGGCGCAGCGUUACAGUAAUGGUUGCCCCUUUUGUUCAAUCGAUUUCCUUACUUGUUCCAUACACCAUGAAAUUAUCUGGAUGCUAUACUGUUUCAUAAACAGCGUUUUAAUGCACCUGUGCGUUCUGCGGUCUCGUCUGGGAUCAAGUAAUAAAUUAAAAUCGAUUCGAAAGCGUUCUGAGCUGCCCUGAGAUGUCCGAAGCACGCAGUAUUUCUUGAGGAACGCGGAGUAAUGUAAAGUUGAACACUACAGAGGUUAUUGGCACAAUGGGGCUGGAUUUUGAUGUAAAGACAUUCUGUCACAAUCUGCGGGCCACCAAGCCUCCAUAUGAGUGCCCCGUGGAGACUUGCCGAAAAGUGUACAAGAGCUACAGCGGCAUUGAGUAUCACCUCUACCACUACGAUCAUGAUAACCCAACUCCUGCUCAGGUUUUGCCCAAUAAGAAGAGGAAGGGACGGCCUCCUCGCGCCUCACUGGCUGGUUCAGGGGAUACGGAUGACGGUGGAGGCAAUGGAGGUGGAGGACCAGGUCUUGUAAGGAACGCACCAUGUAGCCCCAACCAGUCAGAGCGCUCUCACUCCCCUGGGAGAGAUACCAUGACCUAUGCCCAAGCACAGCGUAUGGUGGAGCUGGAAAUCCAGGGACGUGUUCACCGUAUAAGCAUCUUUGAGAACAUUGAUGUGGUGUCAGAGGAAGACAGCGAUGCAGAGGAUGCACCGCCAUCUGGAACUGGUAGCUGUGGAGGAGGUGUGUGUAACGGUAGUGACAGUGGAGCUGGAGGCAGCGAAGUGGUAGGAAGCGGUAAGGAUCGUUCAGAUAUUCCAUCCUCUAAUGGGGGCAAAGCCACGCCGAAAACUGGGAAGCAUAAGAGUAAAGAUAAGAAAAAGGAUGGCUCAUCUUAUCACAACCCUCAGUCUGGCCUUGCUGUCAAGCUCCCAGAGGCUGUGUUUAGAGAACUGGACCAAGAAAGACCUGACGCCCCUCUCCGUCCUUUAUCAUACUACAGGUACAUUGAGAAGUCAGUGGAGGAGCUGGAUGAGGAGGUAGAGUAUGACAUGGAUGAGGAGGACUACAUUUGGCUUGGCAUCAUGAACGACAAGCGGCGGCGUGAUGGCGUGACACCCAUCCCUCAGGAGGUUUUUGAGUAUCUCAUGGACCGCUUAGAGAAGGAGUCCUACUUUGAAAGUCACAACAAGGCAGACCCCAGUACCUUGAUUGAUGAAGAUGCUGUUUGCUGUAUUUGUAAUGAUGGAGAGUGUCAGAACAGCAAUGUGAUCCUGUUUUGUGACAUGUGCAAUCUGGCAGUGCACCAAGAGUGUUAUGGUGUGCCCUAUAUCCCCGAGGGUCAGUGGUUAUGUCGGCGCUGCCUGCAGUCACCAAGCAGAGCUGUGGACUGUGCUCUGUGUCCUAACAAGGGAGGUGCUUUCAAACAGACAGACGAUGGACGCUGGGCUCAUGUAGUGUGUGCCCUUUGGAUCCCAGAGGUCUGCUUUGCUAACACAGUCUUUCUGGAGCCGAUUGACAGUAUCGAGCACAUCCCUCCUGCACGCUGGAAGCUUACCUGCUACAUCUGCAAACAGCGUGGCUCGGGCGCCUGCAUCCAGUGCCACAAAGCGAACUGUUACACAGCGUUUCAUGUCACCUGUGCCCAGCAGGCAGGUCUCUAUAUGAAGAUGGAGCCUGUCAGGGAGACUGGUGCCAACGGCACAUCCUUCAGUGUCCGUAAGACGGCAUACUGUGACAUCCAUACGCCACCGGGAUCAGCCCGGCCUUUAGGAGGAGUAGGUGGGGCCAGCAUGGGGUCAUCUAACAGUGAUGGGGACCUGGAGGAGGAUGACGAGCCCAGCCUUGGCCAGGAUGAAGACUCGAAGGGAUGGAGCUCGGAGCGAGCGAAGAGGGCUAAGGCCAAGUCCAGACUGAAGAUGAAAAGAGCGAGGAAGAUCUUAGCAGAAAGGAGAGCUGCUGCGCCUGUGGUGUCUGUGCCCUGCAUACCGCCUCACAGGCUCAGCAAAAUUACAAGUAACUUGACAGUACCGAGGAAGAGUCAGUUCAUGCAAAGACUUCACAGCUACUGGACGCUGAAGAGGCAAAGUCGCAACGGUGUUCCACUCCUGCGCCGGCUUCAAACCCACCUGCCGUCACAACGGCACGUUGAACCACUUCCUCCACAGCCUUCAUCACAGCUUCCUUCUGUAAAUUCUCCUAGGGACAGUGAGGAGAAACAAAGUGCGUUAAAGGAGCAGCUAAAAGCGUGGCAGCGACUGAGGCACGACCUGGAAAGAGCGAGGCUGCUGGUGGAGCUGAUCCGCAAGAGAGAGAAAGUCAAAAGGGAGACGAUUAAAGUUCAGCAGAUGGUGCUAGAGAUGCAGCUGACUCCUUUACUGGUGCUUCUGAGGAAUACGCUGGUGCAGCUACAGGAAAGAGACUCAAACAACUUUUUCACUGAGCCUGUACCUUUAGAAGAGGUGCCAGACUACCUGGAGCACAUCAACACUCCUAUGGACUUUCAGACCAUGUGGAACCUACUGGAGUCUCACCGCUACCUCACUUUUGAGGCCUUCGAGGCCGACUUCGGCCUCAUCGUCAACAACUGCCUCAAGUACAACGCCAAGGACACAGUGUUUUACCGUGCUGCCCUGCGGCUCCGAGAGAUGGGCGGGGUGGUCCUCAGAGUGGCUCGGCGCCAGGCCGAACGGAUCGGCUUUGACUAUGAAACUGGUAUGCACCUCCAUCGCGAGUCGAGCCCGGACAGCCAGCGUGAGCAGGAGAGAGAGAGAGAGCGAGAGAGAGAGCGAGAGAGAGAGCGAGAGCGGGAACAAGACCGGGACAGAGAACGAGACAGACCAUCGUCAUCGAAUGAAGACGACCUGCUCCUGCCAGAGAACAGGAGGCGGCUGUCCCUGGACGAGCAGCUGAAUUACAUGCAGGCACGUCUGGACGAGGUGAACUCUGGGAAGCACAGCAUCGGUCAGUCCCGCAGGGCCAAAGCCCUGAGAAAGGAGAUCAGCGUGAUCAGGAGGAAGCUUGCCCACCAGCGAGAGGGAAGCUCCAUCAUCGGGGGCCGGGAGUCUGCAGGAGAACGAGGCUCUUCUCUCCCGCAUCACUCUUCAUCUGCAGGACACCACGACGAGGGCGGGGAGAGCAGCAGCCAGGAGAUCGGUGGGAAAGCUCCGGAGGUUGGCCGUCGGACGUCUGUCCUUUUCUCUAAGAAGAACCCGAAAAUGGCCGGUCCUCCCAAAAGGCCAGGACGCCCGCCAAAGAACCGAGAUGCUGGCUAUGCUGGAGCAGGGGUGAGCCAAAGCCCCAUCGGUCCCCCGCAGCUGCCCCUGCUGUCACAAAGCAGGCAGAGGAAGAGGCCCCGCAGCCCCCACUCAAGCUCCAGCUCUGACAGUGACAGCGACAACGACGACCUGCUGCCAGGUUUACCGAGCAAUGGUUUUGAUACAGGAAACCAGCCUGUAACAGAAAGCUUCCGUGUGUACAGAAAUGAGCCCCGUCUGCCUCGUUCAAGCUCAGACUCAGAGUCCACGACCAGCAGCAGCAGCAGCGCAGCUUCAGACAGAACCAGCACAACGCCUUCGAAGCAGGGCCGAGGAAAGGCUUCGUUCUCUCGCUCCACCUUCCAUGAAGACAGCAGUGAGGAAACAUCAGGCACGGAAAAUGAUUCCUACUCUGUCGGAGGAUCACGGAGUGUUUCACAUUUGGUGCGUGGCCGGGACAGGUCAGGAUGCUGGAUGACAUCGGAUGAUUAUUCCUCUCUGGAAGCUCUGGACCUGGUGUGGGCCAAGUGCAGAGGCUAUCCUUCGUAUCCCGCCCUGAUCAUUGACCCAAAGAUGCCCAGAGAGGGGGUGUUCCAUCGGGGCGUCCCGAUCCCUGUACCUCCUUUGGACGUGCUGAAGCUUGGAGAGCAAAUGACCCAGGAGGCCAGGGAGCACCUGUUCCUUGUCCUUUUCUUUGACAACAAGAGGACCUGGCAGUGGCUGCCCCGCUCCAAGCUGGUGCCGCUCGGCGUGGACCAGGAACUGGACAAGGAGAAGAUGCUGGAGGGCAGGAAGUCCAACAUUCGUAAAUCCGUGUCUGUGGCCUACCAUCGUGCCAUGCAGCAUCGCAGCAAAGUCCAGGGGGACCCAAGCAGCGAAACCAGUGACAGUGACUGAACACACACCAAUCCGUGCUGGGCCUCGCACAAGGGGGUCGCGUUAGCGCAACGGUCUCCAGAGCCCAGCUCCACGUCGUAGACGGCAAUAACACGGUGCAAGAGAGGGAAACGCCCACCACUUCGGUCCCACGCUACACACGUUCAUGCACAUGAAGCCAUAUUUAAUCUGAGAUGUAAAAAAUUGUGUAUUUAAGAGAACUGUAGGGGAAAAAAUAAAAUUAUUCUUAAUGAUGGUGGAAAAGUAUGUUCAGAAUCUUGAACUAAAAUAUUAUAUGUGGUCUAAAUAUGUUUAAAACAAAACGAGAUGCUAGUUUACAAAGUGAAAAGGUUUGCAUAGUGUGAUGCAGACAAGUCUUUCUCCCCGUCAUUAUUUUGUUUCCACGUACAAACUUAUGGGUGAUCUUACAUCUGAGCAGGGAAGUGCAUGUGUUACGUGUACGUUACGUGCACACUCGUUGUGGGUAAGGCUGCGAACCCACCAAAACAAACUACCGUCAAUCAUUCACUACUCCCAAGGUGAAAGUAAAGAAAAAACGUAGUCGUUUGUCAAAGGAGCAGAGAGAGACUGCUGCAGCCUGACGACUACAAGCUUACUGUAAUUUAUUCUCUGCUCCGUUGUCUUUUUAUUAACGAGCUCGUUUCAUCAUGGACUACUUCAAAUCACUCCAGCUGCACAAGAUUUCUGCUGUGUAGUUUUCAUUUUUCAUGCUUUUGUUAUUAAACGUAUGUCGCCCUGACCAGGGGUCACUCAAUGAUGACUGAACAGAAACAUUUUCCUCUGUUUGUUUUAGUCUCAGGCUGACAGCUGUAGAACUUUUCUAUACACAGAUUGCAGAAAAAUACAAGUUUAAUAAAAAAAGAAAA